AUGACAUCACCGGACGCCCCCGAAUCCCAGCCUGCAGCCAUCAACUAUGUCGCCGGCUUCCUCCUCGUCGGCCUGGCGUGGGGCUUCACGACCCCGUUUAUCCGCCGCGCCGCAAAGGACCACAAUCCGCCCCCGCACCCGGUCCUCGACACCGACGCCGUCAAGAACAGCUGGCUCCGGAGCCGGGUGUACGGCGCCUUCUUCGGCGUCGUCGAUCUGUUGCGGAACCCGCGGUAUGCCGUGCCGCUGCUGAUUAACUUGACCGGAAGUGUUUGGUUCUUCCUACUCAUUGGGCAAGCUGGUGAGUACCUUCAUUUGCCCCCCUUCAUUCAAGCGCAAUUCCUUCUGGAGUGA